AUGACCACCCACACGCCUGUCUUUACCGAGAAGAGCAGCACACCAAGACAAAAUUGCACGCUCGACCUCUUCUCUCUCUCGUGGAUAUCGCUUCAUCGCCGCCGUCGCAAACCAACAUUGCACUGCACUGCACUAGCCCGCUUGUCAACCCCCCCAAAAUCGCCCAACCUGGAUCUCAAGCCAAUCCGGCAGCUAAAUGAAACCCGAGUCGCACCCAUGUUGAUGGCUCUGAAAGGCCGCAGACUCGUUCUGCUGGCCGCUUUCGUCAUCGUUUCGGCGCUUCUCAUCUUCUCACAGUCCCUCUACCCGGAGAACCUGAGCUGGUCCGACAUCUCAGCUUCUCUCCCCACCGGAAGUAAAUCCUCCGCGCCAUCCACCAAGGGGGCCAAACCCGCCCGCGCAGGCACCGGCCGUUUCCAUUUCCUGAUCGCCGCCAGCGCCCCGAACUUGCAGUUCUGCCGCGCCCUCGUUUCGUCUACCGCCAACCGCUUCGGCGCGCCAGUCAUUGCAGGAUGGAACGGCACCGGCGAAAACGAUGCUGCCCUGUCCCACUUGGCCAAGAUCCGCGUCGUCACCAAGUACCUCGAAGACUUGCCCGAAUCCAGCAACGACGAUCUCUUCAUGAUGAUUGAUGGCUAUGACGUCCUUCUCCAGUUUGGCCCCGAUGUCUUGAUUGAGAGAUAUUUCAAGGCAGCGGCCAAGGAAGACGAGCGAAUCAUCCAGCAGCUGGGACCCGAGAGGGCCCAGAGUCUGGCUGGUCCGAUGGGCCGACAUAUCUUCUUCGGCGCGGACAAGGUCUGCUGGCCCGUGGACUGGCGGCGUCCGGCUUGCUGGGCGGUUCCUCCGGUGCCCAACAUGGACGGCCACGAGUUCGGCCCUCUCACGAAUACUGGCGAGGAUAUGGCCUUCAACCACCCCCGAUGGCUCAACAGCGGCACCAUUAUUGGUCCCAUCAAGGAGGUCCGCGAGAUGUUCCGAGCCACUCUCGACCUAAUAAACGAAGUGUACGACCCGGAAUACGAGUUCAGAGAGAGCGACCAGUUCUACAUGAGCGACGUCUGGGGGUUGCAGGAGCUUGAGAGAAUACAGAUGCAAAAGGAGGAAAAUCCCGAUGCCGCUGUCAUGCUGCCUCCGGAAGACGGCUGGGUUCCCGAGUUGGAGCCCGCGUACAGCUACAACUUCCACAUCGCCAUGGACUAUUGGAGUCUGAUGUUCCAGACAUGGGCUGGCUACGGCGAGUGGGUGAACUGGCGCAAAUUUGACCGCCCCCUGUACUCGGUCGAAAUCUCACAAAACUAUCGCAACAGUUCCACCUUUGUGCCUUGGAGCUUGCAUAUGCAAGCGGACGGCAUGAAGUCGCUCAAGCGCAUCUUCAACACAACCGAGGACGAAACGAUGGGCGCGACGGUGAACGAGCUGAUCCGCAAGUCCGAAUUCGGCGCCAACAUUGUGACCAAGCAGACGUUCCCGCUGCUGCACGUCACCGGAGAGAAGGGAGCCUUGGACGUGUUCUGGCCUCGGAUGUGGUUCUUCCCCUAUGGCCGCUCCCUGAUCCGUUCCGCUAUCAACUGGUUCCAGCAGGAGGAACAUUAUAUGCCUGAGCUGAUUGACGGCCGAGUGUGGUAUCCCGCACACCCGUAUCCCAAGGACAUUCGGGAGAACGAUGGCGGUGCCUGGUCAGACACUGCCAACGACAACGGAACCGUGUAUUGGCUGGGAUUCGACCAGCUGUGCGCAGAGCACCACGGUAUCUUGUUUGGGGAAGAUUAA